AUGACAAAGUGCAUGAAUAGAUCCCCAGGAGGAUGUCUGGUCAAACACGGUGCGAAUUAUAUUACUGGGGUGAAGAUUGCCGGCGCCAUUUGUGAUCAUUGUGAAACGUUCGUCUGCCAUGGAAGGGAUUGUAUACAAAAACAUGGCUGUGCUUGUCCGUUGAUUGAUGCUGUCUGUAUUGAGUGCGAAAGAGGAGUGUGGGAUCACGGAGGGCGAAUGUUCAAGUGCUCCUUCUGCUGCGGGUAUCUCUGCGAAGAUGAUCAAUUCGAGCAUCAGGCCAAAUGCCAAGUCCUCGACGCUGAAAACGACAAAUGCGGCUCUUGCAAUAAAUUCGGCCAGUGGAGCUGUCUCAAGUGUAAAAUUUGCUUCUGUGAUGAUCAUGUUCGGCGAAAAGGAGUCAAGUACGCGAGGGAUGAAAAGUUCCCGUGUCCGAAGUGUGGAUUUGAGUGUAGAGAAACAAAGGACUUGGCGAUGAGCACGAGGAGUUACAAGUUCGGGCGAAAGGCGAAUACAGAGGGCCAAGAGUCAACUUUUUCUUACGGCGGAUAUACAGUUCAAGUACAGCGACAGGUGUACUCCGAUGAAGAAGAUUAUGAAGACGAUCUCGUGCAGGGAAUGACGUCGAUGAAUCCUACUGAUUUUCAGUACGGUUAUCACGGACAGUAUGACGAAGAUGAAGAUGAAGAAUGA